GGCUGGGCGCGGGGCGGGCCGGCGCAGGCGCGGUGCUGUCAUUGUUCCGCGGUGCCGCCGCCGGGCCCGCGCUGCCGCGGCCGCCAUCGCUGUCGCCAUGCCGAUUAACAAGCCUGAGAAGCCGGACAAGCCGGAAAGCUGUGACAAUGUCAAGGUGGUUGUGCGCUGCCGGCCUCUCAAUGACCGGGAGAAAGCGACGGGCUACAAAAUGGCAGUGAAUGUGGAUGAGAUGAGGGGAACUAUAACUGUCCAUAAAACAGACUCGUCCAACGAGCCUCCGAAGACAUUCACGUUUGACACGGUGUUUGGACCAGAGAGUAAACAGCUGGAUGUUUAUAAUUUAACAGCAAGACCUAUUAUAGAUUCUGUUCUAGAGGGAUACAAUGGUACUAUUUUUGCAUAUGGACAGACUGGAACGGGCAAAACCUUCACCAUGGAAGGGGUCCGAGCAGUUCCUGAGCUCAGAGGCAUCAUUCCCAAUUCUUUUGCCCAUAUAUUUGGUCACAUUGCCAAGGCAGAGGGAGAUACAAGGUUUUUAGUUCGUGUCUCUUACCUGGAAAUUUACAAUGAGGAAGUGCGGGACCUGCUGGGAAAGGACCAGACGCAGAGGUUAGAGGUGAAAGAGAGACCUGAUGUGGGAGUUUAUAUCAAAGACCUUUCAGCUUAUGUUGUAAACAAUGCAGAUGAUAUGGACAGAAUCAUGACUCUGGGCCACAAGAACCGUUCUGUUGGUGCCACAAACAUGAACGAGCACAGCUCUCGCUCGCACGCCAUCUUCACUAUCACCAUUGAGUGCAGUGAGAAGGGCGUAGAUGGCAACAUGCACGUGCGCAUGGGCAAGCUGCACCUCGUUGAUCUUGCUGGCUCUGAAAGACAGACAAAAACUGGAGCCACAGGGCAGAGACUGAAGGAAGCCACUAAGAUCAAUCUCUCUCUCUCCACACUGGGCAAUGUUAUCUCUGCACUGGUGGAUGGCAAGAGCACCCACGUGCCCUACCGUAACUCCAAACUCACACGGCUGCUGCAGGACUCCCUGGGGGGCAACUCCAAAACCAUGAUGUGUGCAAACAUCGGACCAGCAGACUACAACUACGAUGAGACCAUCAGCACUCUCAGGUAUGCAAACAGAGCCAAGAACAUAAAGAACAAGGCCAGGAUUAAUGAGGAUCCCAAGGAUGCUAUGCUCCGCCAGUUCCAAAAAGAAAUUGAAGAGCUUAAGAAAAAGCUGGAAGAAGGGGAAGAGAUCUCUGGUUCUGAAACCAGCGAUUCCGAAGAGGAGGAUGAAGAUGGGGAGAUUGGAGAGGAGAAGCGGAAGAAACGGCGGGGCAGUAGCAGCAGCAGUAGUUCAGACUCCACAUGCUCUGUCAUAGAGAAACCUCUGGAUAAGUCCUUCACUAAUCAAGCAGGCAAAAAGAAAGUUUCCCCUGAUAAGAUGGUAGAGAUGCAAGCCAAGAUUGAAGAGGAGAGAAAAGCUCUUGAAACUAAGCUUGAUAUGGAAGAAGAAGAGAGAAAUAAAGCCAGAGCUGAACUGGAGAAGAGAGAAAAAGACUUGCUCAAAGCUCAGCAAGAGCACCAGUCCCUGUUGGAGAAAUUGUCUGCAUUAGAGAAAAAGGUGAUUGUGGGAGGAGUGGACUUGCUGGCAAAAGCAGAGGAGCAAGAGAAGCUUUUAGAAGAAUCAAACAUGGAACUGGAGGAACGAAGGAAGAGAGCAGAGCAGCUUCGCAAGGAGCUUGAGGAGAAGGAGCAAGAACGCUUGGACAUCGAGGAGAAGUACACCAACCUCCAGGAGGAAGCACAGGGCAAAACCAAAAAACUGAAGAAAGUUUGGACCAUGCUUAUGGCUGCAAAGUCAGAGAUGGCAGAUCUACAGCAAGAGCAUCAGAGAGAGAUCGAAGGGUUGCUGGAAAACAUUCGGCAGCUGAGCAGGGAGCUUCGCCUUCAGAUUCUCAUCAUAGACAACUUCAUUCCUCAGGACUACCAGGAAAUGAUUGAGAACUACGUUCACUGGAACGAAGACAUAGGAGAGUGGCAGCUGAAAUGCGUUGCAUAUACAGGAAACAAUAUGAGGAAACAGACGCCUGUUCUGGAUAAAAAAGAGAAAGAUCCCUUUGAAGUGGACCUUUCCCAUGUUUACUUAGCUUACACUGAAGAAAGCUUGAGGCAAUCUCUGAUGAAGCUGGAGAGGCCAAGGACUUCAAAAGGAAGAUCCAGGCCCAAGACUGGUAGAAGAAAACGUUCAGCCAAGCCAGGAGCUGUCAUUGAUUCCCUGCUGCAGUAGUGUGACCUGGUCAGAAUUCCUGUAAAAAUCAGUGAGUGUAUAAGGUUUGGCCAGAAUAUGGAAUUCAAGAGAUGGCACAGUUUGACAUGGCUAUAAUUUUUUUAUUUUUAAAAAAUGUAUUUUUCCUUAGUUGCCUGUAUAUUGUAUGUUAUAUUAACAUAAUAUUAAACUGGUAUGUAUGAUUGAUGGUUGUGAAAUUCCGUGUAUUAAAUGUGUUGUGCAGGGAAACUUGUUGGUAAUCCUUGUUGAAAUGUAUAGAAAAUAGGGUUCUAGAUGUGUGUUUAAGUGCUAGAUGUGUUAGUUCAAAACAGUUAAUGAAAUCCUGAAAUUAAGGCUGGUAAAUCUGACUUAUGCCCUGCUUUGCACAUAACUGGCAGCUUUCACUGUUGUCCUCUGUUGCACUGAUGUGUGUUUGAAUGUAGUUGCUGCAAACCUUUAAGAGCAUCAAUCUUUUUAUUUAAUGGUCCUCACCGUGGCUGUUAACACACUGUUAUGUGUUGAAUACACAGUCUUUUUUUUUCUUAUUGCUGUCUUCCUGUAUAGAGAAAGUAGCUGGGUAGGAAAAACGUGAACCACAAAAGUCUUGAGAUUUCUGAAAAGGGACCACGGGUGUCUAAUAGUUCUUUUAUUUUUAUCAGUUUGAUUGUGAUCUGCUGGCACUGUGGAGAAUGAGACCUUGGAUAUUAAGGCAGAAGAGAGCUUUUUUCCUUCAGUUAAGGCUGUGUUACUUUGGUAGCUUUUUAUGCUUCAGGGCUGGUACUUUUGUGUGAGUAGUUUUGUAAUCUGAACAGCUGAGAUCAUCUAAGGAGGAUGCUGUAACACCAGGACUUGGUGUCAGCCAUGGGGCUGUGAGCACCGUGGCUCUGUUUCCUCAUCCCUGGCUACAAGGCACUGGGCCACUGCUCUACACUGAGCAUAAAUUUGAUUCUCCUUUAGUAGAACAGAAUUAAUUUUUCCUAGAACAAUAUACCCUGACAUAGCUGGUGCUGCGUUCCUGUGUAUACUGUGUGCAUCUCUGGCUAUGCUCUGAUGAGAGGAAAACAUUUUUGGUCUCUGAUAAUAACCAUUUAUUUGUGAUGGCUGCUCUUUUUAUUUGAUAUUUAUGCUGCUAAAAUCCAGACUGAAAAUGGCUUAAAUGCUGCUUAAAGUCUUCCAGUUCUGAGUCCAAGCAGAUAGAUGCAUAGCUGUGGCCUGUCCUGGUUCUCAGAACCAGGGAUAACUUCUGUUUCCUUUUUGUAUUGUAUCUUGUGCUAACAUUUAUUGAAUGAUCUGGUUUAGCAGGAGUUAAACCAGAGCUGUGCUUUCAGAAAUACCAUUGAAAAUCCUUUUACCUGACAGGUAUCAGUCACUCCAAGCUGUGAACCAUGGCACUCCAUUUAAAAUACCGAAAUAUUUAAAAUACUUCAAACAUAAAGGCAUAUGAUUUACAAUUAACAUACUAGUUCUGCUGCUGAAAACCUUGGUACUCUGCAUGUUUAAGUGAGCUUUGGAGCAGGGGUAAACAAUAAGUAAUUGCUUGCACACCUUUAAUUGGCCGAUUGGAGAAACCUGUUAUCUCCUGUUACAGAGGCUUGGAGGACAAAUUAUUUGCCCUGUAAGAGGAUUUUAAAUAAAGUGGAGCACUCUCAUGGUCAUGUGCCCUGUCAGUCGGGCUCACCUGUUAAGUGGUGUAUUUUGCUGAAGUUCUGGGAAGUUUCUUGUAAAACCAGGGAGUUUGGUUUGUGGAUUUACCACAUGGGCCCUCUCUAUAGCCCUGCCCAUCUGUGAAUGUCUAAUGGGCCCAUAAUGUGUUUUAAUAAGGAAAGGAUUUGAUUUAUAUGGACUUUUAGGAGCUUAAUACAGCCUUUCUUGUUGCAGGUCAGUAUGUGCUCUAUGGUAUUUAUCAAGACUCAUUUUACAUAACAUAGGCUGUGUGUGCUCAUCUUUGCAUUUGCUAAUAGAAGAUUCUCCUCAUUCCAGAACAUUGACCUUAACAAUGAGAUUUUUGCUUAAUCUUGUGUAAAUGAAUUAUUUAAUAUUUAACUUGUUCCUAAUCCUUUAAGAGGAGGGGAAAUGGUCCUUAGUGCCUUUUACUGAGUACACUGUCUGCACAUGUCCAGCUUUCACCUUUCUCCACAGCUCUGCUUAGCCAGGCCUGCAUAGAGGGAAAAACUGCUAGUCUGUAUGAUUUGCCUUUCUGUUUAUUGGUUUUUAAACUCUGUUUAUUUCUGACUAUUUCUUGUUUUAUUAAAGCUAAUUCAUUAUACUGUAUAUAUCAAUAUUGUGUCCCUGGAGCAUGUUCUUACCAUGAAAUAAAAUUCUUGAUUCUUAAUUCCA